AUGACCGGCAGCGGUGGCAGUGAUGCGGAAGAACCGAGGACGGACGGCCGCAUUGCGCUGGGCGAUCACGUCAUCAUCACCGGCGGCGGCGUGAAACGAAUGGCGUUGGUGCAGGCGGACAACAAAUUGCGCCUCGGCAGCUCGGGGGUGGUGCAACUCGAGAAACUCGUCGGCCUGCGAUUUGGCGAGGUGCUCCGGUACGACCCCAAAGACCGCGUGCUUCUCCCAACGAAUGCGUAUCCCGACCUUGACAUCACGAGCCUGCAGCAGCGUCUCGAAGACGCACGUGAUAAUCGACACCUUGUGGACGAUAACCGAAAUCAAAUUCUUUCAAACGUCGAGAUUGCUGCUUUGCGUCAAGAAAAGGGUGUUGACGCAUUCCUGACCACCCUCGUGCAGAAGAGCACGACGUUUCACACAAAGACGGCAUACUCGCAAGAGAAGUAUCUUCGAAAAAAAAAGAAGCGUUACGGUACAUUAUACAAGGUGGAACGCGUGACACCUGACGCCGCCGCAGAGAUUUAUCUCCCGACAAUCAACCCAUCGGAUGUGGAACCGGAGGAAACACGGUCAAUGCGGCUUCGCGCUGACACUUUGGCGCUUAUUUUGCACCACAGUGAUGUACAUAGUGGUAGUCGUGUUCUCGUGUACGAAAAAACAAAUGGCCACUUGGCAGCAGCACUGCUCACACGUCUUGGGAACGACGGUGUAAUAAUGCAAGUGAUGGAUAAGGUUGCACAGCCCAACGUGUUUCUGGCGCAGGCGAUGGGCCUCACUCGCGUGCGGGAGCUUUGGAAAGCCAUCCCUCGAAAUGAUGCUUUUCUUCUUGGCAGGGAAGGUACAGAAGAGGAACAGAAUCCGGGAGACGAGAAGAAGAAGACAGGCACUGGGAAAAACAACACCAAUAAAGGCAACAAGAAAAGAGGAAAUGGUGAUAUUGAAGGUCCAUCGCAGUGGAUACGUGGGAUUGACGCACGUCGCAUGUUAAAGGAAAGGCCGGCCGACUCACUCAUUAUUGUGAACGACACGGAAUCCGAGAGCUUAAUUAAUGAACUGUUGCCCUUUAUUGCGCUGGGCGGCCACAUUGUGGUGUACAGUCAAUUUCUGGAGGACUUGUCUGGCGCUUUUGCGAGGCUAUGGAGGGAGUGUGUGAACAUUUGUGUUUCCGAGACAUGGUACCGUCACCAUCAAAUCCUUCCAAACCGUACACAUCCGACAGUAAACAUGAGUACCGCAGGCGGAUAUUUGUUAACGGCGAUCAAGACUGAGACAAACGGCAUCCCACGGCCACGCCUGGAGGAGGUCUCAAAAGCAAUUCUGCUGGAGCAGGCGAAGAGUACCGAGACGGAUGGAAAAAUGCCGUUUAAGCGACAAAGAGAAGAGGGUGAUGAACGACGGGAGCAGGAGUGA